AUGGAGCUGCUGAAACAACUGAACGCGAUCAGAGACGCGACGAACAGAAGUUUAUUAAUGAAUAAUAAUAGGACGGACAGUGAGAAUGUUCCCAACACUAUUCCUCCUAGAACUCCUUCUGGCGCCGGCGACGAUGUUUCGGACGACGAGGAAAGAACGUGUGAGAAAGAAGAAGAAGAAAACGAAAACGAAGAGGAAAAGAAGAUGAGACGGCGACCGUUCAAGUACGCGAAAGCGAUAUCGCAGAUGAUGAUGCGAAAAGGAGGAGGAAAAGGAGGAGCGGGGACCGACGACGAUGAAAAUGUUGACGGCGAUGAUAAAGAAGCGACAACGAGGAUAACGUGCGCGUCGCAAAACGGCGUCGCGUGCGCGUUUGGAUUUGCAAACGGGGAUUUGCUCGUCGCGGAUGCCGAGACGGGCGAACGGGUGGCGCUGUUUAAAAGAGAGUCCUCCGAAGAUGAUGAUGAUGACGACGGCGACGACAAAAACAACGAGAACAACAACAACAACAACAACAACAACAAUAGCAUCACGUGCAUCUCGUUUGAUGCCACCGGGACGUUUUUGUGCUCUUCUUCGGCGAACGGGACGGUGAGAGUUAGACACGUGGUCGUCGUCGACGACGACGACGAUGACGAUGACGAUGACGACGACGACGACGAUGGCGCUCCAAAGACGCCAAAGUUGAUAAACGCGAAGAAGAAGAAAAAAAUAAUUCGCGUGCACGAUGACGUGGACGGCGAGACCUUAGCUGUCACGCACAAAUCUUCCGUAAACUGUUGCGUCAUCGACCCGAAUUUCGCCAGUCGAAGGAACCGGUUCGUCAUGUUUGGAGGACGUCAGUCCUCGGAAUUGGUUUUGCACUGUUUCGCGAACACAAAAAACGCCUCGCAAAUGACAAAAGCAAAGACGAUCGUCUUACAAAAGAACGACGGUCCAAUCAGAGCCGUAGCCUGGCGACACAACGUCUUAGCGUGGGCCUCCAACGCGGGCGUGCGAUUGCGAGACGCGACCGCGCCGGUUGGAUUAGCGAGGUGGGAGAAACCGCCAGGAUCGAAAGCGAGGUUCUCGCAACGAGAUCCGGUAUUCGCGUGGAACGAUAAGACAGUCACGACGGAAGGGUCCGCGGAGUUGAUGUUGGCAUGGGCAGACGCCGUGGUCGUGUUUCGGAUUCGACAAAGUAGUAACGGCGGUGGUACCGGUAACGGAACUAACUCGACAACAGAAAAUAGUAAUAGCAAGAACAACAACGCGGGCGGUAGUAAAAACGCAGCGGCUGCGUUAAUCGAAAGCAUAGCGCGAAGUACUAGCAGCUCGGGCGGCGGGAACAACAAGAACACCAUCACCACUGGAUUAUUAAGAAGUGGAACGCCGCCUCUGAAGAGCGAUAAUGCGGUCAAACGGGUGGAGAUUUGUGCGACUUUCCAAACGCCGUAUUUGGUGUGCGGUAUCGCGCCGUACGCGAGCAAAAAAUUGGUACUUUUAAUUUGGUGGCCUCCGAGAGAAGAAGACGACAACGAUAACGACGAAGUCGAGAAGAAAUCAGUAUCGUUGUCAAAUGUCGAACUCCGCAUCGCGGAUUGGCGCGACGAGGCAUCUUGGAUUGACGCCUUGCCUUUAACGACGUCAUCUUCAGGCUCGGACGUCGUAUUUGGUCCGGUGAUAUCGCCAAACACGGUGAGCAUGUCGCAUUACCAACCUACGGAUUCAACGUCUUCUUCUUUCUCGACAUCAUCUGCAUCGAACUUGAAAUCCAUCUCGUUGUUAUCAAAGCAGCACGAAUACCUCGUCGCGUCCUCGGAGGUUGUUUUAAUCGCUAAACAACGGUCCGCGCAAGACACCGUAUUCGACGCGCUCCGUCGGCAAAAAGAUAACGACGACGAUUCAGCGCUAGAUAUAUGCGAAAAAUACGAGCACUUAGGUGAACUUCGCAAAGGCGCGGCGUUAGCUGUAGCAGAAGCGUCCGUCACGCGCGCGUUUGACGCUCAAAACUACGCCUUGGCAGCCAAGAGAUGCCCGCGCGCGUUGGGGAGAAAUCCGGAGAAGUGGCGCUUUUGGGCGAAGAAGUUUGCCUCGGUGAACAAACUCGGCGAUUUAGCGUUUUACGUUCCCGUAACUUCCGGUAGUAGCGAUGCGGAUGGAGAAGCGCCUCUGAAACGGUCGACUUACGAACUCAUCUUGAUGGCGACGUUGAGCGACCCGGAGACGCAGCCAACGUUUUUAGCUUUAGUGAAAACGUGGCCGGCAAAAUGUUUUGACGUCGGUGCUUUGACGAGAGAAGUUCGUUUGAAAGCAGCGAGAGUGAGACGAAUGAUUUCGGCGCAGUCGAUUGAUGGAUUCUUGGACGAUGAGCAUCACUAUCAUCGUCGUCGUCAAGGCAGCAAAGAAGAUUCCAUUCAAGAAGUAGCGUCCACGUCUUCCAUGAACAACUUCGAGGAGUCCAGCGUCAUGCCUUACAGCACGAUGAUUGGCGAAACGCAAUCGAUAUUAGACGAAGCGUUGGCAGAAUUGUACGUCAUGGACGGUAAAGUUGAUCGAGCGUUGGAAGCGUAUCUCUCGAACGGUCGACCGCCGACGAUUUCGGCGUUGGAUUUCAUCGACCGGAGAAAUUUAGGUGGCUCAGUCCCGAUUGAUAAAAUCGGUGAAUUGUUCGUGGCGGAUGCAGUGAAAGCGGCGAAAGUUUUCGCGGCGUGCGAGUGUAAGAGUGAUGAUUUUUACCAUCACAACCAUCACCAUCUCGGCGAUAUGAGCGAGAAACAAGUAGCGGCGGAGGACGCCAUCAUCCCGGACUCGAUCGUGCUUUCCGAACUCGACCGAUGCGACGAGUUUACCGACGAAUCCGAGCGACGAGACGCUCAACUUAAGUAUCUCGAAGCGUUGUGCGACCUCGAUCCGGAUCGGUAUCACAUGCAUCACGAAGCGGUGUGUCGACUCACGGCGCAAAGGAACCCGAAAGAGUUGUUGUCGCGAUUGGUCAAAUCCGCGAGGUUUAUUCCAGACCAGUUACCUUUAGAGCUUUCGAGAAGAGAGAAGAAGGACAUUUUUGACGCCCAAACGAAGAAGUUCUUCUCUGGAAAUUUGAACGAUCCAAAUGAAACGUACUGUUACGUCCCAGACGCGUACGCGCACGCGUUAGCGAGGAACGGACGCGUGCUUGAAGCGUUGGACGUGAUUGUCACUGAACUCGGCGAUAUUUCAGGGGCGUGCGAAUUAGUCAACGCCGUCACCGCGGAGUGCACCGACGAGGAAAAGAAACUGUUUUGGAGGAAAAUUAUCGAGUUGGCGCAAAAAAGCGAUAAAGAAGCAGCACUGUUGUCCUCCUCCUCCACCUCCCCCUCCUCUUCUUCUUUCGCUCUUCUCCUCCAGCGCAAAUCUUCCGAAAAGAAGAAAAAGCCGCCGAUUUUGUUCAACGCCGAGUUGAUUGAAAACGCGCCGAUUGGCGUCGCCAUCGACAAAAGUUUGAAGAAAAAUCUGGUCAAAAUCGUUUCCGAGACGAGACGAGAGAGCGAAAAAUGGUCGAAAAUGCGCGGGAAAGUCGCCAAGGAAAAGAUGGAAACCACGCGUUUGCGAGUGGAGUGCGGCACGAGAGCGUCGCCGAGAGACGGGGUUCGAUUCGUCGUGAAACCAAAAGAGAAGAAGAAGAAGAAGCAGAAGAGACCUAAUGCUGCUGCUGUUGCUGCUGCUCCGAAUUAA